CCAAUCCGUCCAUCAUGAGCUCCCUUCGCAUUGCCAGAGCCGCCCUCCGCGCGAGGCCCGCCGCCAUCGCCCGCCCCCUCCAGCGAAGAGGCUACGCCGAGGUCGCCUCGGACAAGAUCAAGCUCUCCCUAGCUCUUCCGCAUCAGUCCAUCUUCAAGUCACACGAUGUCGUCCAGGUCAACCUCCCCGCGGAAACCGGUGAUAUGGGUGUUUUGGCAAACCACGUCGCCUCGAUCGAGCAGUUGAAGCCCGGCCUAGUUGAGAUCAUCGAGGAGCAGGGCGGCAACAAGCAGUUCUUCCUCUCGGGUGGAUUCGCCGUUGUGCAGCCAAACUCUGUGCUCAGCAUCAACGCCGUCGAGGGCUACCCACUGGAGGACUUCAGCGCCGAGGCCGUCAGGAACCAGAUCGCUGAGGCUCAGAAGAUUGCCAGCGGAAGCGGCAGCGAGACCGACAUUGCCGAGGCCAAGAUUGAACUCGAGGUCCUCGAGAGCCUGCAGGCGGCAUUGAAGUAAAUGUGUAAAUAGCGUUCCCUAGGCAGCACGUGUGAUGUAUAGUAUCGGGUGGAGCACGCGUGCUUUCCGUCUGCAAAAGAUAGAAGGUGCUUCUCGAGCCAUGCCAAACACUUCAGUUCAUUGUUGAU